AUGGAAAUUUUCUCUUUUUUCUACCCCUUUCUGGGAGUCCUGGUCCAUUGCUUCGAGUUGUACCUUAUCAUAUGGAAAACGCCGAAAUUCGUUCAGUCGAAGGUUCCUCAGGCCAUCAGAGCGGUAAGUUUCUUCAUAAGUUGUUUUUAUAAUGAAAAAUUCGCUUUUUUUUUGAUAAUCAAUUAUAGUCUGUGUGCCACGACUUGAAAUUUCACCGAACGACAUUCCGCUGUUUCGUUGCGUGCGUUCGCGAAGCGUCUUUCGAAUCUAGGUCACGCUUUCAAUUGAUUGUUACUGCUGUGGGAGCACAUGAAAGUAGAGUACCUUAAUAAAAAAAAAUGGUUCGCAAAGGCGCGCAGCGGCACAACGGAAUGUCGUUUGGUGAAAUUCCAAGUCGUGGUAUAGUCUGUGUUGGAAAUUCACGGAACGACAUUCCGCUGUGCCGCCGCGCGCCUUUGCAAACCUUGGUCGCGCUUUUGAUUUUUCUUUUCUUUUUUAAGGCACUCUACUUUCAUGUGCUCCCACAGCAAUAACAAUCAUUUGAAAAAGUAACCUAGGUUCGAAAGACGCUUCACGAACACGCAGCGGAACAGCGGAAUGUCGUUCCGUGAAAUUUCAAGUCGUGGCACACAGACUAUACUCAGGCUAUAGAAGUUUAAAUUUUCGCGGCUCUUCAAAAAUUGCGACAAUUCAGGCCCUUGCGAUUCCCAUCAACUUCAUGACUCAAGAUAGCGGCUAUGGAUUUUGGUUGAUCCCUGAGUUGGGAGAAAAGUGGAUGACGGAAAAAGUGAAGAUUUUCGGCGACAAAAACAACCUUUCAACGAGUAUUGACUUUUUCGUGAGUUGUUUCGAUCGACAGUUUUUUUUUUCAAAAAAAAUUCUUUUUUCAAAGUUUCUUCCGUUAUAUAUUGCCAAUCCAUCACGAUCGAAAGGCAAGGAAAGCGGGGAAGAGGGCGGGACGCCUACGCUGUUCUUGAAGAAAUGAAUGAAUAAUUAAAAAUAAAUUCAACCGCCACCGUCUAUUCAAAAUGCUCGUUCACCGCUUUUUUUAUAUUUAUUCUACUAUUUUUUUAUGCAAAAUCAAAAGAAAUCAACAACGAAUUGAAAAAGGAAUAAAGAGCCUUCAAAAAGAUCUCCAAAUAGCUGCUGGUCGUUCAAUUGGACUCGUGCCAAGAACCGCGAACGCACACGCUACGCGUCUCGCUCCCUUCUCUGCCUCCGUCGCCUUUCAAGUCGGCAAAUAUUGAUUAUAUGAGGGCCUUCGUUAGUUUCUUCAGAAACUUUUUCAAUUAUGGAAAACGUCUGUUUUUCGAGUUUUCCGUAUAUAAUCGACCGCAGAAAAAUGAUGGAAACGAAAAAUCCCCUUAGCAUGAUAUAGAUAGAGUUCUAAGAUGUUUCGAAAUACUCCGUUCUGCAAAAAUCGUUCCAAAGUGUUAUCCAGGCGGGACUCGUCACCUUCAGCCCGAUAAUUCUUGCUGCGAUCCUCCACAUACAGUACGCCAAUCUUCGUUGCGUGACCCUCGACGAGUUCAAAAAACCACUGUGGAAAUAUCGGCUCAACGUCGGCUUCAUUUAUUUUUUCUCCACUUUCUCGGGGCUCAUACUUUUGAUAACUGUGCGUCAUUAACUAAAAAAAAAACAUGAUUCGGUCAAUUCAGACCCAGGAGGGGGCUUCGGUCUACGCACUUCUUUUCUGCUUGCUCAUUCAAUUUAUUUAUACCUUUAUUUAUGGUGAGCGCAAAAUAUUAAAAUUAUGAUAAUUAUUUUUCACAGUUUCUUCGGCGUUGAAGUUCUCAUGGGACAUUUGGGAAAACUUCAAUCCUUUCAAAGGCGUCAAUGUUUCGGAAAACACGAGGAAAAUGCAAAGAAAAGUUUUCCUGUCUAUUCAAAUCCAGGUCAAAAUCGAACAAUUAGAUUAACUGGUUCCCCUUUCAGACUUUGGUUCCAUUUUUGGCCAUCAUUAUACCGAAUCUAUAUGCUCUUCUCCUUCUUUCAAGAAGGGUCAAACAAAACCCGAUACUGUGCUUUAUCAGCUGCGUUUUGAGCUUCUCCUAUGUACCGAUUUCUGUCUUCUUACUCAUCGUCACUCAUAAAAACCACCGAGAUUGGUUUAUUAAAAAGUUCUUUCCGAAAAGUUAGUUUUUGAAUUUUUGAAGUCAGCCUUGUUCAUUUGCAGGUUCAACUGCAGUUUCAUCAUCUGGAGAUAAUAUGAAAACUGUCGUCGUCGUUGAGAAAUGAAAAAUCCCCUUUUUCAAGCUAUCGCUUUAAUAAAUUUGUUUAAACAGGUGUUUUUCCUCGAUAUUGUUAUAUGAAGAAAACCAAGCUCGAGAUUGGAAGCAUGAGUGAGAAGAAAUUUCAGCGAACUUUGAAAGGAGUCGAACCAAUAACCUUUUGAUUGAGAUGCAGAGGGACUACCGACUGAGCCAUUUGAAAGGAGCUCGGAAACGCUAGUACAGCCGAGGAGCUUGGGACAAAAAAAGCGUGAACUUCUGCGCUCUCCACCAACCAGGCACUAUCUACUUGUCAGGACCCAUUUUUCGACGGCUCAAGCCAGCCGUGAAUCAGCUAUAAGAAUAUUUUCUAUUUUUGAGCUGUCAACAUUUCAAAGUUUUCGAAAAAAAAUAUUGUCCCGAUCUAUGCUUAAUUUAAACUAUUCUCAUGUUCCCCAGGUGAUUUUUUUGAACAAAAAGAGGCAGGUGUUAAUCAGACACGCUCAAAAUUUUACUCGAGAAGUCACUAUAACUUUGUGAGAAAAUGCAAAUAAUCGGCGACUGUUAUUUAGAUUUAAUGGAAGCUGUUUCCAUAUUAUAUCCAAUCGUUGGGAUAUUUGUCCACUGCUUCGAGUUGUACCUUAUCAUUUGGAAAACGCCGAAAUUCGUCCAGUCGAAAGUUCCUCAGGUCAUCAGAGCGGUGAGUUUCAUUUUUUUUCUUCCUAAAUUUUCAAAAAAGACAAUGAUGAGGUUUUUCUUACGAUGUCUGGAAUCUUUCAAGGAAAAUACACAUUUUUUAUAGCCACGACAUGAAAUUUCACGGAACGACAUUUCGCUGUUCCGCUGCGCGCCUUUGCGAACCUUGGUCGCGCUUUUAAUUAUUUUUUUCUUUUUUUGAGGUUCUCUACUUUCAUGUGCUCCCACAGCAGUAACAAUAAAUUGGAAGCGUGACCUAGAUUCUAAAGACGCUUCGCGAACGCACGCAGCGGAACAGCGGAAUCUCGUUCCGUGAAAUUUCAAGUCGUCAUACACAGACUAUAUUUGUUGCACAAAAAACUUCAAUGCGCAAGCUUUAUUCGUUUUUUUUUAUUUUUAUCAAGUUACCAACCAAAUUGAAGCUGCUCGCGAUUCCCAUCAAUUACAUCACCGAUGAGAGUGGCCUUGGAUUCUCCCUUAUCCCUGACUUGGGUGACGAUUGGCUGGAUGGAAAGAUGAAGUUCCUUGGAGAGGAUAGCCGUUACGAAAUCGAUCACUAUUUCGUAAGUAGCUUCCUACCAAAAGUUCAAACAAAAAAACUUUGGAAAUUUUAUCUUAUCGUAUUUUAUUUUAUGAUAGUCGAACUUUUUUUGAGUUCAACUUUAGCAUCCCUUGCGCGUUCCGCCUUCAUUGAAGUUUGUGCGAGGGUCGGCCCGUCGGCCUUUCGGCCCGAGCUAUUUUCUAUCCCGGCCUACCCGGUCUGAGCGAAACCUCAAUCAGAAACGGGUCACCAGCUUUAAGAGAUUUUCUUCAAGUCGAACAUCACACUUUUUCAAGACAAAAAAAAAAUCACGUUUUCGGUUAUUUUUUUCUCCUUCACUAAACCGGCAGGAAGAAGUUCUUCAAAAUGGGUAAUGAAUCUACUCGAGUAUUUUACUUCAGCUGGGUCUCGUCUGGGUCAGCCCCAUAAAUCUCGCGGCGAUCCUGCACAUACAGUAUGCCAAUCUCCGUUGCGUGACCCUCGACGAGUUCAAACAACCAUUGUGGCGAUAUCGGCUCAACGUCGGCUUCAUUUAUUUUUUCUCAGUGGUGAUAGGAUGGGCAUAUCCUGUAAUUAAAACCAAAAUGAAAUGAUAAUAAAACUAAAAUUCGCAGACCUUCCGUUCCAAUCCAGACUUUUCAAUUUUUUCCUUGUUCUUCCAAUUCGUUUACACCAUUGCCUACGGUGGGAAGGUCUUCAAGAUCUCGACAGAAACUAUUUUUCAGUUGGUUCGACUUUGAAGUUUUCCUUGGACAUUUGGCAAAGCUUCAGUCCUUGGAAGGAGGUCAGAGUAUCAGAAAACACGAGGAAAAUGCAGAGAAAGAUUUUUCUGGCUAUUCAAGUCCAGGUAAAAAUUUUUAAAAUUUUCUGAAAAUUGAAAAAUUAGAUUGGAAGCAUAUCCACAGAAUGGUCCCUAAAAGGGAAAUCUUAAGGCCCUCAGAGGUCCCCCUAUAGGGACUUUUUUACGGACCCCUAUCGAAGCUUUCAAAAAAGGUCCUUUUUUGAUCCAGCUUAAAAAAACCGCUUACCGGAAUAUAUUUUCCAGCAGGAAAAAAAAAUCUUGUUUUUACAGUUUUUGCCCGUAUCAAAAACUCUUAUAACCUAUAAUGAAAAAUUUUUUUUCAAAAAUUAUAAAAAUCGAGAGAGGAAAGAUAAAUUAGCGGUAGAGCAACUUUGCUGCAGGAUGUGCUGUGCGCGGGAUUCAAAACUUUCCCACAAUCUUUCUUCAAAAAAUUUCGGACAGUGUCAAGUAGACAUUUCAGAGAACAACGAAAACCUCUAAAAACUUUAUUUUCACUGACCUCCAAUUUUAUUCAUGAAGUUAAGACGGAAUAAUUCCAGACUUUGAUCCCGUUUUUGGCUAUAAUUAUUCCCUGUCUAUAUGCCAUUAUGCUCCUCACAAAAAGGGUUAAGCCAAUCCGACUGCUUUGCUACAUUUGCUGUGUACUGUCUUAUUCACAUGUACCACUUUCGCUCUUUCUCCUCAUUGUCACUCAUAAAAACCUUCGAGAUUGGUUCAGCAACACGUUCUUCCCAAAAAGUAGGUUUAUUUUCUAGUGAUUUUGAAUUGAUUCAUUUUUCAGGCUCUAAUGCAGUUAAUCCAGCCGAAGAUGAUAAUAGAACUGCAAUAG